CCAAUAGAGUAAUUGGCCGGUCCUGCCAGAUAGGAGCAACGCUGUCCUUCUCAAUACCGGAGGAGUAGAAUUCCCUGCAGGUAUUGAAGAGCAUUGAAGGGAAAUUAAACUGCAAUUUCAUCACCGAGGUAUGAUUAACUGAACAAGGCCUGAAAAAAGAAACAAAUUACUCUGCCUGCAGAAUUUAAAGGACACGACGAGGAAACAGCUGCCGACGGGAGCGGGCCUGCAAUUGGGCCCAGUUCCGUCUGCCCGGCGGCUGUCUCGUUCCGCGCAACGGCAGGGUUAAAUUUGAUCGCCCGAGACCCGAGGCCGCCUGUUCGUCCCAAACCCUCCUCAGACAGACCCCCGCACGCCGCCGGCGCACAUCUCUGCGCAGUCAGGGGACAGCCAUGGUCUUCUCCUACCUCCUCUCGACCCCCGGGGGCCUCGCCCCGCGCCCCGCGCCCGCGGCCUGCUACUACUCCUACUCCUCCGCCCCUUGCCGCGCCCGCCUCGUGGCCGGGGGCCGCGGCGGGCGGCUGCGGUGCCAGGCGCAGGGCGGCGCGCGCGACGUGGACGGGCACUACAUCCGACGGUGCGUGGAGCUGGCGCGCACGGCGGCCGGGCACACCAGCCCGAACCCCAUGGUCGGCUGCGUCAUCGUCCGCGACGGCAGGGUCGUCGGCGAGGGUUUCCACCCCAAAGCUGGACAGCCCCACGCCGAGGUAUUUGCUCUCAGAGCCGCAGGGGAUUUUGCAGAGAAUGCAACAGCUUAUGUGAGUUUGGAGCCCUGCAACCACUACGGGAGGACGCCUCCCUGCAGCGAAGCACUCAUCAAAGCCAAAGUUAAGGAAGUUGUGGUGGGGAUGACUGACCCAAAUCCUAUUGUAGCAUCCAAAGGGAUUGAAAAACUCCGAGGUGCUGGGAUAGAUGUGAGGAUUGGAGUGGAGGAAGCAUUAUGCCUCAGGCUAAAUGAAGCUUACAUCCAUCGUAUGCUUACUGGGAGGGCCUUUGCAACUUUGAGAACUACACUCUCGAUGAACGGAAUUGUCAUGGAUCAAAUUGGGAGUGGAGCUGAUCAACCAGGUGGAUACUACUCACAGUUACUGAAAGAAUACGAUGGAAUUGUAAUUUCAAGCAACAUGGCCAAGACAACGGCCUUACCUAUAUCCCGUGAAGCUGGUGCAAAGCAACCUCUUUAUAUCAUCAUAGCACAAGGCGAAGAUUCCAAAUUACAUAUCCCCUUUCUCCAUGAAGACUCUGUAUCUAACGCAAUCGUACUGGCUGAUAGUCCUGUUACCGUGCAGCCAGCAGGAGUCAGUAUUUCAGUCCUUGAUCAGAUGAGCUUAGACUCCAUCCUUCAGCUUCUCUCGGAACGAGGGUUAUGCAGUGUGCUGGUGGAUUUCCGAGACGCUGGAGGAAGCCUGGCAUCUCUACUUAACAACUUUCAGGAGGACAAGCUGGUGCAGAAGGUCAUUCUGGAGCUCUCUCCUGUUUGGAUGCCGAGCCCAGGGCCAAGCAACCUGGCAUUUGGCGGCAGCCAAUCGUUUCCACUGAAGAAUGUGGAGCACAAGGAAUGCGACUCGGCGGCGGCAGCGGCGGACGACGGCACGGAGCCGCUGGCCCGCAUCGCCGUGGACUACACCCCGGAGGCGUUGCACCACGCGCGGGCCGCCGGCGAGAUCCACGUCACCUACGACCACCGUGGCGGGGCGCGGUGGCGCUCCCUCCGCCGGUACCUCCCGGGCGGGGCCGUGGCCGCCGCCAUCCGCGCCCCAGCCGGCGACACGGCGGGGCUCAACUACAACCUCUACCUCUCCUCCCUCGAGGGCUCCGCCGACAUGGACGAGAUCGACUUCGAGUUCCUGGGCCACGACAAGCGGGCGCUGCAGACCAACUUCCACGUCUCCGGCGCCGGCGGGAGGGAGAUGCUCCACCGGCUCCCCUUCGACGCCUCCGACGGCUUCCACCGCUACGCCAUCGCCUGGGGCGCCGAGGCCAUCGAGUGGCGCGUCGACAGCGAGGUGGUCCGGCGGGAGGAGCGUGGGCCUGGGCCCGGCCCGUGGCCUGAGAAGCCCAUGUUCCUUUACGCGUCCGUGUGGGACGCCAGUGGGGUUGAUGAGGGGAGGUGGACUGGGAGGUACCAUGGCCGUGAUGCGCCGUAUAUUUGCAGCUAUAGGGAUGUCAGGGUUCCCGUCUCGCUCUCAGUGGAAGAAGAAGAUGCAGAGGAAGAAGAAGGUCGAGAUCAUGCAAAUGCCGGAGACGCGCCUGAUGCCACUGCCACCACCUGCAGCGCUGCUGUCGUUGCUGCUGCCGGAGCUGAUGAAGAGUAGAUCUCGGUGCUGUUUUGUCCGUGAUCCAUGAUGCAUUGAGCCAUGUGGGAUGAUUUGAGCUUUUGCUCGCUAUAAGCGUGGUUUUGGUUCAAGUGCUGCAAUAAUAAUAAUCCAAAUCAUGAAUAA